CUAAACUGCAAAGAUCACGUGACCGUCAUGGCCCUAGGAGCGUCAAACCAUGCCUCAAACACGCAUCGCUCUGCCACAUUUUAAAAGCAAAACAUUGGACUACAGGCGAGUUUCUUUAGAAAAAAUAUCGUUAUAUAUUUUAUAAAUUACAGCAGUAACACAAGGCUUGAGCAACUGUUACAUUAGUCGUAUGGUCUUGCUUUUCAUUUUAAAUAUGCAAUACCAACAGUUGGCCAACAGAUGCCACCAUUAAACAGCGUUUUGCCUUCAAAUCUUUUAAGAUUUAUUUUGAACAUUUUCCCGGAAACGUGCUGUCCGACUGUAAAUGUCCGACUAAUAUGUACACUGACGAUAAAACUAUAACAGUGACAUUUGUAAAUGUUACUGCAUAUUGGAACUGGCAGAGUACAUCCAAUAUUAUUAAACAUCCCAUCAAAUGUAUCAAAAUUGAAGGCAGCGGCAUUAGCAAUGCAACAAAUUAGAAAGCCAUACAAAGACAGUUUUAAAAUAUAGACAGCCUACUACUACCAUGGAUGUAAAAAGAUCACUUUUUUACUCAUGAAGAUCGUGACCAUUAACUAGAACUUCCGGUGCAGCCCUUCAACAUAAAACGUGCCUACAAUUGGGUUGGGCAAUGUUGUUGCGUCUGAACUAUGACGUAACUACGUAAAAAGCUGUCGUCUCGGAGCUGGCUCACAUUUUUUGCACCAGCACAGUGACGUUAUGCAAAGCAGGGGGCCAUGGCUUGGAAGUCGAGGACCCGCAACCUGCAGGUGUUUGACACCGAGCUGAGCGCCGACACGGCGGAGUGGUGUCCUCUGUCCUCCAUGCAACACCUCCUGGCCUGUGGGACCUAUCAGCUGCAGAAAGGGGCUGGGGAGGAGGAUGCUGCACCGAGCCGGACCGGUCGUUUGUACCUUUUUGAAUUUCGGCGAGAGAUAUCGAUGAGCCCCCCUCUCACUGAGCUACAGCGCAUGGACACAGCAGCUAUUUUAGAUUUGAAAUGGUGCCAUGUGCCGGUGUCAGGGGAGGCGGUGCUGGGACUGGCAGCUGCCAACGGAGAGCUGCAGCUGUACACACUGUCACACAGUCAGGAGGGGGGCCGCAGCCUACACCCUCUGUGCAGUUUGGAGGUGGGGGCCGAACGGCUGGCUCUGUCUUUAGACUGGUCUACUGGAAGAAUGGACAGCAGUGAUGUGCGGGUGGUGUGCAGUGACUCAGCGGGCUGCGUCAGCGUGCUUUCUCUGGCUGAAGGCGCUCUGGUCUCACUCUCCCAGUGGAAGGCUCAUGACUUCGAGGCCUGGAUCUCUGCCUUCUCCUACUGGGACACACAGCUGGUGUACUCUGGCGGUGAUGAUUGCAAACUGAGAGGCUGGGAUCUCAGGGCCGGUCCGGCCUGCCCCACUUUCACCAGUAAAAGGCACUCAAUGGGUGUGUGCAGUAUUCACAGCAACCCGCACAGAGAACAUAUCCUGGCAACAGGCAGCUACGAUGAGCAGGUUCUGCUGUGGGACGGCAGGAACAUGCGGCAGCCUCUCAGUGAGACUCCGCUGGGGGGCGGGGUGUGGAGGCUGAAGUGGCAUCCGACCCACGAGCAGCUGCUGCUGGCCGCCUGCAUGCACAACGACUUCCACAUCCUCCACUGCCAGCAGGCCCUCGAGGCCAGUGGAGGAGCAUGUCCUGUGGUAGCCUCCUACAUACUCCACAACUCUCUGGCGUACGGAGCCGACUGGUCCCACCUGUCCCUGGAGGAAGCGGCCCCAUGCUCCAAUGUCGCUGCAGAACCCAAGGAAAGCCUCACAGAGAGCGGAGGGCACUUGAGGAUUCAGUAUGAAUCUCCCACAGCCAGCUUUGAUACUUCCUUGGAGGACGAUGCAGGACGAUACAUCCCAGAGAGCAUUGCAGCGCCCACUGUCCUGCCUGCUGCAGCCCCUGUCUUCAGCUCUAAAGAGGACGCCCCUUCACUGUCCUGUCUGCUGGCCAGCUGCUCUUUCUAUGACCACAUGCUCCAUGUGUGGCGCUGGGACUGGACUCCAGAGGAGGCUCAACAGGAACCAGAGCAAUGCUGACCCGGCUGGAGCUCUGGGUGCAUUGACACUAAAGAAAUAUCUUCUACUUAUGUACCUAAGUAAUGCAGGAUGCACAGCCCCACUACAUCACACAAUUUAACAUAUCAAGGAUAAGUAAACCCUGUAUUCAAGACACUUGAUUGUUAUAAUAAAACUUUGAUUUAAACAAA